AUGACACGAGAACAGUAUAUACUGGCAACACAGCAGAAUAGCCUGCCAAGGAUUGAAAAUCCGCAACUUUAUCCAGUGGGAAUUUAUGGAUGGCGAAAGAGGUGCUUAUACUUCUUUGUCCUUCUGCUGUUGGUUACCAUGAUUGUUAACUUAGCAAUGACAAUAUGGAUUUUGAAGGUUAUGAAUUUCACAGUGGAUGGAAUGGGGAAUCUGAGAGUCACCAAAAAAGGAAUUCGACUUGAAGGCAUAUCUGAAUUUCUACUUCCAUUGUAUGUGAAAGAAAUACAUUCCCGAAAGGAUAGCCCACUGGUCUUACAGUCUGACAGGAAUGUAACAGUGAAUGCAAGAAAUCACAUGGGACAAUUAACUGGACAACUGACUGUAGGAGCUGAUGCUGUGGAGGCCCAGUGUAAGAGAUUUGAAGUGAGGGCAAGUGAAGGUGAAAAGGUGCUGUUUUCUGCAGAUGAAGAUGAGAUCAUCAUUGGAGCUGACAGACUCAAAGUAACAGGCACAGAAGGGGCAGUGUUUGGGCACUCUGUGGAGACACCCCAUAUCAGAGCAGAACCUUCCCAAGACCUCAAACUUGAGUCUCCAACUAGAUCUUUGAUAAUGGAAGCUCCCAGGGGAGUACAAGUUAGUGCAGCUGCAGGAGAUUUAAAGGCAACGUGUAGGAAAGAACUGCACUUGCAGUCCACGGAAGGGGAGAUAUUUUUAAAUGCAGAUAUAAUCCGACUGGGAAAUCUACCAAUGGGUUCCUUUUCAUCUUCCCCAUCUAGUUCCUCAACUCCUCGACAGACUAUCUAUGAGCUCUGCGUUUGUCCCAAUGGUAAACUGUAUCUUUCCCCGGCAGGAGCAGGCUCUACUUGUCAAUCCACUAGCAACAUCUGUUUGUGGAGCUGAAAUGACUCCGGUUUCUCCUCACACCAGAAUAGCCUUUUGUUACUGUCCCUCUGCUUCACAGUUCUGCUCGGUUUCCCUUAUGACAAGUUUGAAGCUUCAAAUGGCCUGCAGAGCAACUUCUUCCAGUGUAAGCAGGAAUACAACGCUGCCUUCUCUUGUGGCUCAUGUUACCACUCAACGUAGAGAUGGGAGUGAGAUAUUCAAAAAUAAAUGUAAUCUUCAUCAGGAAACCUGGAUCAUAAUAUCAUCUUUUGUCCAAAAGGGAGAAUAACACAGGUGCCUUUGCUACGUGAAGUGAAGCACAUAGUUUUAGUUUUAUGCAGGACCUGGAUAUGAACUGCACACAUAUAUACAGUACUUAUACAAAUUUGCCCAGAAUCCAAUCAUGAGAUGAAUAGGUAACCCCUGUAUGAUAAUUAACUUUACUGUCUGAAAGCACAAUUUUCCAUUCAUCUUUUUGGAUGUACACUUUUAUCCCUGAAUUUUAAAAUUUUGAAGCAUUGUGUGAUGCUUGCUUUA